AUGGACCGCACUGUGGUGCUCAUCACUGGCUGCUCCUCGGGCAUUGGCCUGCACCUGGCCCUGCGCCUGGCAUCCGACCCCUCGCAGAGCUUCAAAGUGUAUGCCACGCUGCGGGACCUGAGGGCGCAGGGCCCUCUGUGGGAGGCGGCCCGGGCCCGAGGGUGCCCUCCUGGGUCCCUGGAGACAUUGCAGCUGGACGUGAGGGACGCAGACUCUGUGGCCGCUGCCCGGGCACGCGUGACCGAGGGCCGCGUGGAUGUGCUGGUGUGUAAUGCGGGGCGGGGCCUGCUUGGGCCGCUGGAGGUGCAUACGGCUGGCGCCGUGGGGUCCGUGCUGGACGUGAACGUGACCGGGACGGUGCGGACACUGCAGGCCUUCCUGCCCGACAUGAAGCGCCGCCGCUCAGGACGUAUACUGGUGACCGGGAGCAUGGGCGGUUUGAUGGGGCUGCCGUUCAACGCCGUUUACUGCGCCAGCAAGUUCGCGAUCGAAGGUCUUUGCGAGAGUCUGGCGGUUCUGCUGCCGCCCUUCGGGGUCCACGUGAGCCUCAUCGAGUGCGGCCCGGUGCGCACCGCCUUUCUGGAGAAGCAGGAGGGCGUCCCGGGCGGGGCGCUGGACGGCGCGGACGCUGAGACCCGGGUCCUCUUCUCCUGCUACCAGCGCCAUUUGGAGCGGAUCUUCCGCGAGGCGGCGCAGGACCCGGAGGAGGUGACCGAGGUUUUCCUCGCCGCGCUGCGCGCACCGCGUCCAGCGCUGCGCUACUUCAGCACCGAGAGCUUCCUACCCCUGGCGCACCUGCGCCUGGCCGACCCCAGCGGCUGCAGCUACGUCGCCGCCAUGCACCGCGCGGUAUUCGCCGACGAGCCCGCGGAGGAGGAGACGGCCUCGGACCGCGGCGACCCCGGGCUCUGCGCUCCUCCCGGCGCCCCGCAAUAAAGUCCUGGCCCGC